AUGAAGAAUUGGACAAAAUACUACGGAAUUAUCUUUACAAGUAAACGUGCUGUGGAUGCUGUGCAAUUUGUAUUGAAAGAUGAACAAAAUCUGAUUGAACAAUGGAAAAAGAAAAAACUUUACUGCGAAGGUCCAGCCACUGCAAAACUUGUAAAUGAACUAUUUUGUGCUCAAUCUGUUGGCUCGGAAACAGGUACUGCUGAAAAGCUCGCUGAAUUUAUUGUCAAAGACGUGAAUAGAGACGAAAAGUUUUGCUUGUUAUUUCCUUGUGCUGAGAUGCGCAAUGACAAACUUCCAGAACGUUUAACACAAGCAAAUAUUGCUUUCGAUGAACUUACGGUGUAUGGUACAACGAUAUCUGCUAGUUUAGAAAGCGAGCUCAAAGAUUAUCUUGUCGAAAAAAAACCAGAUGUGUUGGGCUUUUUUAGUCCUUCGGGGUUUAAUAAUGUAUACGAAAUAAGUAAAAAAGUUGGUCUUGAUUUAGAAAACUGCUGCAUUGUCAGUAUAGGUGAUACAACGAGUAAACGAGUGCGAUGCAUAACAAAUGACAAAACAAUUAAAGAAGAACGUUGUUUAAAACCGACACCCGUUGAUUUUUAUGAGACUGUUAAAAAGAUGUGUGGACCUGUUUGA